AUGGCACCUAUAGCUUCUUCAUCCAAUGCCAGCCCCAGCCGCCCACAGGAUACCAACAGUCUGGUCCUUGAAGGCUGGGGGCAAGGUUUCAUGGUAGGAUCCCUAGCCGUGAUGACUGUGAUUACCGCAGCGAAUAUGAAGUCAAAGAAGGUCAUUCAUAAAUUCAUUAUCAUUGAGUUGCUGCUAGCUGCUUUCCACGGAACAUUCAUCUUUCUGCAUGAACCAGCAUAUGGCUGGUACUUAUCCGCCAGCGCUGUUAGUCUGAAUGUAUCGGCAGCUUUACACAAUCUUAUUGCCUGGAUGAAGGCUCGAUCGUUCUUUAAUAUUUGGGGCAGUCGGUUCUAUCUAGCAACCUUGCUGCUAGCACAGGUAUACUGGAUCCUGGAGGGCUAUGCAAACUUCGCCUUCUUCAACUACAAUAAACCACUCUUCAUAACAACUAGAUAUUUUGAGCCCUUGUUCCGGGAUCCCUGGUGGAUCAUCGCGACCUGCUUGCUGUUUUACAAUAUUAAGCAUGCAUAUCGAUGUACCUUUUGUGACCUAAUUCGCACGAGUCCCCGAUUCGGCAUCAUGAUAUUCCUGCUGGUCAUCUCCGUGCUUCUGACUAUUGUGGAUAGUUUUGACGUCCUCGGUGCAGUCCACCUCGCCAUUCCGACUGGCGUGGAACCUAUUUGGAAGUUUGCUCUUGUGUCCAAAUACCUGUGUGACACAGUCAUUCUAGAUGACUUCAAGUCUACCCUGGAUCGGGUAAGCGCGGCUUUCUUCUCCAAUCUUCUCCAGUCAGAGAGCACCCCCUUUCACCCCCGAGGACCUAAUGGAGAGGCUCCAACUCGACCCGACUGUAUUCACGUCACACACGAAAUCCGCACACUAAGCGAGUCGCCAUAA